AUGGCCUCCUCUUCUUUCAUCAUUAACAACGAUGAUGAAUAUUACAUUCGGGUCUUGGAGAAUAAUUCAUCCAUUCCUCUCCAACGAACACAAUUUCAAUCUGGAACCGAAUUAUUUCAGAAAAAGCAAUAUGAUAGAGCCAUUGAUCUUUUGAGUCAAUGUUUGAAUCAAUUUCAAACGGAACGAAUAUUGUUGGAAGACUUGGAUGGCCACAAUUCUUCAUUCAUUCAAUUGUCAUCAUCCAAUUGGAAACAGAUAGCAGCUUUGGUGGAUAAGUCUUCUUUGGAAUUAGUUGCAAAAGUACUCAUUACAAGAGGAUUGUGCUUUUAUAAUUCUACACUUUCAUCUUCUCUUUCGGAAUCGGAUCGGGAGCUCAAAUUUCAAAAAGCAAUUCAUGACUUUAACAACGUUUGCCAACAUUUUAAACUCUACAAAAAGUUAUAUUUUGCAGAGAAUGAAUACGAGUACUUGCUUUACAAGGAUUGGGAGGCACUGAAUUUGUUCUUGUCAAGUAUGAAGGCGCAUUUUCUUGAAGCAAGAUGUCUGCAACAAAUGAAAGAACGGUCACCUUUGCGAUUAUCGAACGGAGGAGAUGAUGAGCUGUCCUCAUCACCCACGUUGGAGACGGCAAUUACAUGUUUCAGCGAAGCAAUUUCAAUGGCCAAAGAUUUAAAACAACACUUGGAUAUUGUUGCAAAUGUGAACAAUUGCACAGCAACUUUGGAACAAUUGCCACAAUAUUUUCUGAAUAGAGGAUUGUGUUACAAUGACAUUGCUUCGUAUGAAUUGGCCAUAUCAGAUUUCACAACAUUGAUCAGUAUGACCGAAAAAGAAAGUUCAUCAUCGUCAUUGACUCAAGCCAAAAAGCAAUCACAAUUACUCAUUGCCUACCACAAUAGAGGUAUUGCACAUGCAUCGGAGAGACAUUAUAAUGAAGCCAUCGAAGAUUUUACCAUAGCCAUUUCAUGUUUCAAUUCAUUUACAGAAAAUAGCAGUGAAAAGAAACAGAACUUGGAGAAUUACGUUCAAACUCUUAAUCAAAGAGCUAGAAUUUUGCAAAAAUACAUUGCAGACCACAUUUUCGAAUGCAAAAGCAGCAAAGAUGAAAAACUUACAUCCAAAAUUGUCAAGUACAAGAAAAUGGCAUGUGACGACUAUGACCUGGUGAUCAAGCUGAAUCCAAGCAACACCUAUCCCUAUCGAUUUAAUGCCUCUCAACUUUUAAUACUGGUUGCAAAUAGUAUGGACCAUUUUCGUCCCAAACAAGAAAUUGAGGAAAGCUAUCUUAAAGCUAUACCACAUCUGAAAGAUUGUAUAUCCCAAAAACCAUCAUUCUUUAAAUUAUACUUGGAUUUGGCAAGAUGUCUCCAAAAAACGAAUCAGAAUAAGAACUCGGAAGAGUUAGUGAACUUGUACGACAAAUCCAUUCAAUUGAUGGAAACAGAAAUUGAAGGAAAAUGGAUUUCAAAGACUCAAAAGGCCAAUAUUUAUUUUGAGCGAGGAGUGUUAAAUAACAAACUACCAGACAAAGCUGAUCAAUCAAUUUCAGAUUUUACAAAGGCCAUAUCCUUUAACUCCGAAUUCACAGAUGCAUACUUUAACAGAGCUUUAAUUUAUUAUUUAAAGAAAAAGAAGUUUGACCUAUCAAUGCAAGAUUUGAGAAAGGUAGUUGAAAUUAAUCCUAAUGACAUUGAAGCUCAUUUAGAAAUUGUUAUGAUUAGCGUAGAGUUGAGAAAGUUCGAAGAUGCCAAGAAGGUAUUGCAAACGAUACUGGAGCUAGAUCCAGACAAUGCUAUUGCACUUAAUUAUAUGGAACAUCUUAGAAAUCAUACAGAGAGUGAAAUUUCUAGUAGGUCCCAUGUCAUGCGUGAAGAGCAUGCAUUCGACGAAGACAUGGAAGCCCAAAAGAAAAAGAAAGGUACAUCUGACAAGUCCUUGAAAAAUCUCUUCAAGAGAAAAGACUCCAAGUCACGGGAAGAAAAGGAUCCAAGCGAGGAACACGAACAAUCUUCCAACGGAAAGAAAUUAUUUUUCGAUCCUAAUUUUCCACCAGGAACAAAAUCUUUACUUGGAACAGGAAAUUUGGCCGAAUUUCAAUUACCAGCACACAUUAAGAAUUUGGAAACGGGAAUUGUAUGGCUUCGGCCUCAUGAAAUUGCAGGUGUGACAAAACCUUCUCUUUUUGUUGACGGUCAUGAUUUUGGAGAUGUCAUGCAAGGAGCUCUUGGAAAUUGUUGGAUCAUGAGUGGUUUUUCCAUUGUUGCCAAUUAUCCUCAUCUCAUGAAGAAAAUUAUUUUAGAGUCAAAAUGUGAUCCAUCCAUUGGAAAGUACACAUUCUGCUUUUUCAAAGAAGGAGAAUCUAAACAAGUUGUUAUUGAUGAUUUAAUACCUUGUGAUGCCCUUUCGAGAAGUUAUCUAUUUUCAUGUUCCAGAGAUUCCAAUGAAUUAUGGGUUCCCCUGUUAGAAAAGGCCUAUGCUUCUCUCUAUGGAAAUUAUUAUGCAUUAAUGGGUGGUCAUUUGAAAGAUUCGCUUGUGGACCUCACUGGUGGUAUUCCUUUCACUUGUAAAGUGAGUUCACAAAAUAUCGAAGAGAUUUGGAAUUUAGUGUGUUCUCUUCCUAAACAAAAUACUGACCUCACACGUUGCAAAUCUAUCAAAUUAAUGGGAGCUCGAUCGGAAACAUCUGCCUCCGACUUUACUGGUAUUAUUAAUUUUCAUGCUUAUGCAAUUAUUGAAGCUAUUGAAUUGCCAUCUCAUCUCACCAAUGGAAAAAGAGUGCGUUUAAUCAAAAUGAAAAAUCCAUGGGCAAACUCUACAGAAUGGCGUGGCGAUUGGUCUGAUAGCAGUUCAUUGUGGACUCCAGAGCUCAGAAAAUUUGUUGGAAAUCAAUUUAAUACUCAAGAUGGAAUCUUUUUCAUGUCACUUGAGUAUUUCGCCGUACAAUGGAAUUUAAUUGAAGGUGUUGAAGUUUUCAAUCCUUCUAAUUGGAGUCAAUACAUUACGAGAGGAUUUUUUGACGCUAAUAUUCGAUCAGAUAAUGAUUGGACUGCUGAUUUGCUCGAGGAGACACAAUUCUUGAUAGAAAAUCCAACAGAUAAUAAUCGUAUUAUCAUAUCGUUAGCUCAAUUUGAUACAAGAUAUGACUAUGAUAAGAAGAAUACAGAUUCAUGCAUUGCCAUUCAUUUAUUACAGUAUGACAAACCAUUUGCUGGAAGAAAUAGUUCAAGAAUUAACAAGAUUCAGAAAAAGUCCAUUCUCGUUCAAAAUGAAUACAUGGAAGAUCGAGAAGUGGUGAUCGAUAAGGUCCUACCCGCUGGAACCUAUGUUGCCAUUCCGCACGAAUAUUUCACCACUAAUUGUGCAGAUGCUGAAUGUGGAUCGUACACUCUCAGGAUUGUUUCUGAAAAGAAAGUCAAUAUCUUUGAGUUAAAACCUUAA